AUGGUUAUCUCUCUGGAAUUCCCAGCUAUAGUGCCAACAGUUGGUCCGCCCAUGACUACAGCAAGAUUCAUUGCAUUGCCAAUGCAUGCGAACUCCCUAAAACUUUCAUCCGGGGUUGGUUUAGCUAAGAAGCGAAGCUCCAACUCAGUGGCUGCUAGCCCAAAUGAGAGGUCAAUAGGGACGCUGAGUCAUUCUACUGAAAGCAUUGGUGUUGAGAGAGUGUACAUAGCAGGAUAUCAAGAUGGAUCUAUGCAAGAAGUAGAGUUUGUGGCUUUCGGUGUUCCAGUAACAUCGUUGGACUUCUGCUUGGACACGUUGCUAUUGGCUGUAGGAACUGACCAUGGUCUGUACACCUUAACUUCCCAUGAUACUGCAAUCACUUCCUUCUCUCAUGAUAAGGUUCUUGCAGCUGCUGCAGAUGCUGCAUUUAAGGUCUCCUUCAAUCAGAAGAAAAAGCAGGAUACUACUAAACCAGGAAUCCUUGGCUGUCUUGCCAAAAGCUUCAAAGGCUGUAAACCUGACCAAAACCUGGAUGCUUCUCAGAUGUGUCAUACCGGCAAUUUCUCCCAUCUUGAGGGUUUGUUUGCCAAACCGCCCGCAUUUCCAGACUCGACAUCUCGCGAACCACCACAGCCAGAAUCUGACUCAUCAUCUCUUCCUCCUCCAAUCAAGAGCGAGAAAGAAGAGGAGCUUAGCAUAGAUGACAUUGUGAUAGAUGACCUGUCGCCUCCUCUGCCCCAACCAAUGACAACCACCUCGAAACAGCCUAAGAAGGAGAAGAGAGGUACCAUUUCCUAUCAACCAUUUUCCCACUGUAUUGAACACUGUUGA